UCGCACACCUAACUAACAAAUAUGGAAACGAUUUUGGGCAUAAAGGGAGCAGAUUUCGUCAUGCUGGCUUCGGAUACCAUGAAAGUGAAGUCGGUGAUGUUGCUGGAUGAUGAAAACUCGAAGAUCCAUCGCCUGACGGACUAUUCCAUGUUGGCGGCCGUGGGUGACGGUGGCGAUUCGCUGCAGUUCUCGGACUUCAUCCUCCGGAAUCUGGACCUUUACAGGGUGACCAACGGCUACGAUCUAACCAUUAGCGGAGCUGUUCACUUCACCCGCAACAAUCUAUCCGCUUACAUACGGAGUAAUGUGAGGUACUUGGUGGCCCUCCUGAUCGCUGGAUUCGAUCCUUGCAGCGGUCCGGAGUUGCACUACAUCGAUCCGUUUGGCUCCUCGGUUCCCAUCCGCUACGGUGGCCACGGAUCGGGCAUCAACUUUUGCACUCCCAUUUUCGAGGAGUUCUACAAGCCAACCCUUGAUAAGCGGACCGCCUACAAUAUAAUCCAAAAAUGUGUGGCCGAAAUCCAGAAGCGACUGGUGAUCAACUUGCGCAACUUCGAUGUGUUCGUAAUUGGCCGAGAAGGCAUCACUAAACUGGAUCCCAUUAACCAGGUGUCCUUAAGAGCCCAACUGAUGGGCAAUCCUCCGACAAGAAAAUAAUGCAUGA